AUGAACAGUGACUCAUCAGACCACAAGGCCCUCCCGCCACCGAUGGCCUUCGCCUCAUGGCUGAGCCAGAACGAGAACCUGCUGCAGCCCCCGGUCAACAACUACUGCCUCUUCAGCGGCAAGGACAUGGUGCUGAUGGUCGUGGGCGGGCCCAACACGCGCAACGACUACCACGUCAACGAGACCGAGGAGUGGUUCUACCAGCUCAAGGGCGCCAUGUGCCUCAAGGUCGUCGAGAAGGACGCCGCCGGCAACGACUUCUUCAAGGACGUCGAGAUCAAGGAGGGCGAGAUGUUCCUGCUCCCAGGGAACACCCCUCACAACCCCGUCCGCUUCGCCGACACCAUCGGGCUCGUCAUGGAGAGGGUCAGGCCCGAGGGCAGCCUGGACCGCCUGAGGUGGUACUGCAAGAAGGGCGGCCACGAGUUCCCCACCAUCAUCAGGGAGGAGGUCUUCCACUGCACCGACCUGGGCACGCAGCUCAAGCCGCUGAUCAACAACUGGAGGGAGAACGAGAGCGUGAGGAAGUGCCCGGCGUGUGGCCAGACCGAGGACCCCCAGUGA